CUACUCUUUCCUCGCCAUGUGGAAACACUGAGAGGUAAACAAACCCCCACUGAGUGACUGCCGCCCUGCCCACGUGUCCUGUGCAUCCCAAUAGGGUCAUCGCAGCCCCUGUAACAUCAAGGCCAACACCACCAUGGGCAAGAAGAGGAAGACUGGUGGUGGGAAGAGACCAGAUGUCCCCAGCUUGAAGGGAGGGACUCUGGGCAAGGAGUCGUCCCUGCUUGACCCCAGCAGCCGAGACUUUGUGUAUGAUGAGGUGGACCAAUUUGAGGAUGAGCGUGACCGCCUGUCUCUGUCAAAGGCCCAGGCACUCAUGGCCCAGCCCAAGGCACCCAAGGAACAAGUUUUGGGGAUUGAUGUGAACUCCUCUGAAGAUGAAACUGAGGAGGAAGAGGAGGAGGAAAGUGACCAGGAUGCCAUGUUCAUGGAAGAUGACAUAGUGGAGGAGCAGGAGGAGUGUCUGCCAGAUGAACGUGCCUGGGGUGCCAACAAGUGGCGCUACAUUGGCACCGACACCACAGAUGAAAAGAUUCACAAGUCAACGUAUGGGCAGGACGAGGAGCUGGCGCGUCUGGAGGAGGAGACGGCCAGGAAGCUGCAGGAGCGCAUGGCUGCUGAAUUAGAACACAUGGUGGUUGAGGACCUCCUGCCACAGGAGAAGGACGACAAGGGGAAGAAGACGCCUGUGGAGUCAUCAGUGACGGUGGAUCUGUCAGGGCUGUCACGCACUAAGAAGCUGCAGCUGUUGAAGAGGGAGUCGCCAGAGUUCCUUCCCUUGCUGGAGGACCUGAAGGAGAAGCUGAAGGAGCUACAGACCUUUCUUGUGCCACUGAUGGAAGGUGUGAAAGAGGGCCAUGUCACCUCUGCCGCCCUGUGUCACUACCUCACCACCAAGUACCGGCUUGUCUUGAACUAUGUGUGUGUGUUGAGUGUGUACAUGAUGACCAAGAGCAGUGUGGGUGUGGUGGGGCAGCAUCCAGUGGUGGGCCGCCUUGCCCAGUACCGUCAGCUGCUGCAGGAGCUCGUCCCAUGUGAUGAGAAGCUGAAGCCGCAGCUGGAGGACAUCCUGCCUAAGGUGAAGGCUGCCAAGGCUGCUGCACAGAGGAAGGGCAGCAGGAAGAAGCCCCAUCAGCUGCAGGUCCUCAUCAGUAGGAAGAAGGGAGCUCCAGCCAAGAAGAGGAAGCUGUCAGAUCUACAGGAGGACCCUGAGAGAGAGGAUGCCAAGCUGAGGAAGAAGAAGGAGCCUCAGCAUCUUGUGGCAGUAGAGGCAAGCAGUGACGAGGAGCAGCCCAAUCAGAAAGAAGCAGGCGAAGGAGUGGGAGAGGAGAGCCUGGAUCCAGAUGGGAAGCGUGCCAUCACCUACCAGAUUGCCAAGAACAAGGGGCUGACUCCCUCUCGCAAGAAGGAACAGCGCAACCCAAGGGUGAAGUACAGGAAGAAGUACAAGAAUAAACUGCAGAGGAGGAAGGGACAGGUCCGUCUGGUGCGCAAGGAAAUUAAGCGUUAUGAGGGAGAGGUGUCAGGCAUCAAGUCCCACACCGUCAAGAGUAUUAAGAUCCGGUAGGUGCAGUGAGGACUUGCUGAGGCUGCCAAGGAAGGUGACACACAGCAGGUGGAAGCAAGGGACUGCAUUCACCAGUGUUGAGUGCCUUGUCUCCACUACUCAUUAGAGAUGUCACUGGUAAAUGAUGGGGUAUUCAAGUGUUUUUUUUUUUUUUAUGAUUAUAAUUGUGGAUGUAUGUAACCAUCAGUGCUAUGUCUAAGUUCCUGUUACAUAGCAGCAUUUUCAAGAGACUGUCCUUUUCCCUGAUGGUGCCAAGAGUGUGAAUGGUGUGUGUAUGUGUGUGUGAGUGUUUCUCAGGGCCUGGUAUAUAGACAGCAUCAGCAAUAGGGAAAAAAAACUCAUGAGAACCCAACUGGUCAUCUCUGUGGCUUUUAAUCCAGCAAGAACUUUUUACCAUUGAGAAAACACCAGUGAAAUGAGGGUCAGUUAUCUCAGGCCUUUGAAAACAGACCAUAUUAGAGCCCACAGGGUUUCACAAUACUGGUUUAUCAGUGUUGUGUGGUUGCUCAUUAUGUGACACUGGAAACGUGUAAAACUCUUAUCACAGAGAGGGGGGAGGGGAUAGAGAGGCAGGGCUGAUCGACUGAGAGAGGGGAAGGGAUCGAGAGGCAGGGCUGAUCGACACCACCUGUAUCAGUUUUCCGGUGUUAUGUUAACCUUCAGAGUGAAUGAAUUAAGCGCAUCGGAAACGUAGUAGUUAAAAUAAACGCAUCCAUAAUGUUCAGUGAGAGAUGUGCAAGGAUUGAAACCCGACGCAUUCUGGAAAGUUUCAGCGCAUUACCUAGACCUCUGAUAGACCUCACAGUUAGUAUAUUAAAGCGUUACCACGAUUCUAGUGAUUUUUAACAAUAUUCUAAGUCAUCAGUAACGAAAACAACCAUGAGGACCCAUUUAAUCAUCUCCAGCCUUGGAAGACAACGAGAGGUUAAGCGCAGCGCCAUACUUCUUAUUUGAUAGACCUCGGAGGUAGGAAAUUCAAGGGUUUCCGCGAUUCUAGUGAGUUCUGAUCAGUAUUCUAAAUCAUUGUGAAGGAAAAACACCCGUGAGAACCCGACUAACCAUCCCUGGCCUUUGAAAGUAGAGAAAUGAAAGAGCUUGAAGAUACGGGCAAGAGGUCACAGAGGAGUAGCUUGAGGAAGGAAGACUAGCGUGAUGUGUUAAGUUUUGAGGAUAGAUGUGGGGAGGGGAGGAGGCUUGGGGAGUGGGGGUGAAGACUGCAGUCCUUGAGUGGGGAGGAAGUAAACUAUAUGAAAGAUGGUUAAAUUUUAUGUAUGAAAUGUGUGUAUACGUGUGUGCGCAUUGAGAAGCGAAGAUAGCAGAGGUCAUGGAGUUUGUAUGUGAUAAGUGUGAGGUAUGAGGGAGCAUUGUUAGGGUACGUCAGGCAGGGUACAUCAAGGGUUUGUCUGCUGCUACAACCCUGCAUCUGUCAAGAAGGAUCAAGGAUAAUGCUGUGCGUCAUGAACCGUUACCUAACAGAUAUUGAUCCAGCAUACAUGACUUGCUACCAAACUGUAUGGGAGUAUUAAAAUAAUUAUAAUA